UUUCCGAUCUGAUAGCUGUACCGCAGUAACGCUGGCAGGUUGCCACUGACCCGAAAUGUGCGUGCAAGUUCUACCAGCUAAGUAGCGGUGAUUUAAUUUCUUUAGAGGGGUUGUUUGCAUCGGUGUGGCACACGCCCCAUGAACAGACAGGUAUUGAAAACGCCAUGGAUUUGAGCUCUCUUUUCUGAAUUCUUAAGCAAAGGUAAAGAAGCUGUCGUCAUAACAGGAUAUCGUGGCUGGAAUAAAUUCUAAAUGUCGUGUUUAAAGAAACGUGCCAAAUGGACAAAAUCGGACAAAAUACUUUCUGAAGCGGAGGUCAAGAGAGUUUCACAUGAAAAUGGGAAGCUGAUAGGUUUAGAGGGGGAUGCAGACCUCCAGUUUUUGCUGAAGGGGGGGGACCUCCAGAAGGUGCGGUCCAGCUCCUGGAAGAAGACCCGCUACUUCAAGCUCCAGGAGGAUUGCAAGACCAUGUGGCAUGAGUCACACAAGACCCUGAGGUCCAACCAAACCUUCUCCAUCGAUGACAUCGAGUCGGUGAGGCGGGGCCGCCAGUCGGAGGGCCUGCAGAAGUACACGGAGGACGACGUGGCGGACCGCUGCUUCACCAUCAUCUUUAAGGGCCGCCGCAAGAACCUGGACCUGAUGGCCAACUCAGUGGAGGAGGCCAAACAGUGGGUCGCUGGCUUGGAGAAGAUCAUGAACAACAACGACAACCUUAACUUCCAUCAGAAGACCGAGCACUGGAUCUUCAACUGCAUGCGCAAAGCAGACAAAAAUGAGGACAACAAAAUGUCCCUGAAGGAACUGAAGCAUUUCCUGCGGCAGAUCAACAUCGAGGUGGACGACUCCUACGCAGAGGUGCUCUUUGCGAAAUGUGACAAGUCCGAGUCUGGCACGCUAGAGGGAUCUGAAAUCAAGGAGUUCUACAACUUGCUAACCCAUCGGGAAGAAAUCGAUGUCAUCUACUCGAAGUAUGCUCAGACGGAAGGCCAAAUGAGUGCAGAGAACCUGCUCAGCUUCCUGCUCACUGAACAGAGGGAGUCCGUCUCGCUCGACGAUGCACUCAAGUUAAUCCAGAAGUACGAACUGGAUGACACAGCCAAGCAAAAAAAGCGUAUGACCAAGGACGGCUUCCUGAUGUACCUCAAUCAGCCUGAGGCCAUGAUAUUCAACCCUGCCCACAAGCAGGUGUAUCAGGACAUGAGCCAGCCCCUCAACUAUUACUUUAUCUCAUCCUCCCACAACACCUACCUGAUGGAGGACCAGCUGAAGGGGCCCAGCAGCACAGAGGCAUACAUACGGGCACUAAUGAAGAGCUGUCGCUGUGUGGAGCUGGACUGCUGGGAUGGACCUAAUGGAGAGCCGGUCAUAUAUCAUGGCUACACGCUCACAUCCAAAGUCCUCUUCAAAGAUGUCAUCAAGGCCAUCAAGGAAUACGCUUUCAAGACUUCAGAGUACCCAGUGAUCCUUUCUCUGGAGAACCACUGCAAGCUGGAGCAGCAGAAGUUGAUGGCCCAACACAUGAUCUCCAUCCUGGGCAGUGCUCUGGUCACACAACCACUGGGGGACCAUAUGCCCACAUGCUUCCCCUCACCAGAGGAGCUGAAGGGCCGGUUUCUGAUCAAGGGCAAGCGUCUGAACAAGCUGGAUGCUUUCUUCACCCCAAAUAGCACAGUGGAGGAGGAGAGUGUGUCCGAGGACGACGAGGCCGCUGAGGUGAAAGGGAAUGAGGAGAAGCACAAAUCCAAGAAGUCCAAAAUAAAGCUGGCAAAGGAGCUUUCUGACAUUGUCAUCUACUGCAAAAGCGUUCACUUUGGUGGUUUUGACCAUGCAAGAGAAAACCAGGCUUUCUACGAGAUGUCCUCCUUCAAAGAGAGCAAAGCACUGAGUCUGGCAGAAAAUUCAGCCACAGCAUUCAUUCGUCACAAUAUGGACAAACUCAGCCGAAUCUACCCAGCAGGCUCCAGAACAGACUCCUCCAACUACAACCCUGUUCCCAUGUGGGACGCUGGCUGCCAGAUUGUGGCAUUGAACUUCCAGACGCCCUGCACAGAGAUGGACUUGAACCAGGGCCGGUUCCUGCCCAAUGGUCGGAGUGGGUACAUCCUGAAGCCCGCGUACCUGCGGGACCAAACGUCCAACUUUGACCCCAUCAAACUCACCAAGGGAAAGUGGCUACAGCAAAAGACACUCCAUGUGAUGGUCAUCUCAGCACAGCAACUGCCCAAACUGAACAAGGACAAGUGCAAAUCGAUUGUGGACCCCCUGGUGAAGGUGGAGGUAUAUGGUGUGCCAGCUGACGUAGCAGCGAAAGAGACAGGCUACAUAAACAACAACGGCUUCAACCCCAUGUGGAACGACAAUUUCAAGUUUGAUAUCCGUGUGCCAGAACUGGCUCUGGUGCGCUUCGUUGUGGAAGACUAUGAUUCCACAUCCCAAAACGACUUUGUUGGACAGUACACCCUGCCCUUCACAAGUGUGCAGAACGGGUACCGGCACAUCCCUCUGCUCACAAAGAAUGGCGAUGUCAUCCCUUCAGCUACACUGUUUGUACAUAUCAUGGUCAUCGGUCCCCAAUAGGCACUGAAUUCUCCAGUGUCCUCAGUUGCAGCUCAGUGCCAAAGCAUGCAGAGUUCUGCAGACACCAUUCAGCCUAUAAAGACAUUCACGGCCUUCCGUUUCUUCUUUUCCAGCAUAGUAUCUGUUUUACAGUUCUUUUUAGAAUAAAGUUUCAUCAGUAUCACUUUUAACUGGACAAACAACUUUUUUGUGAAUAUUUAGAAAAACUAUUCAAAUGUAAUACUGCAGCAUAAGAAAUAUAUCUAUGCAUAAUUUAGUGCUCCUUUAAAAAUCAUUUUACAAUUUAAUACUUGUCAGAUUUUACUGUUUUUAAUUUUUACAAAAUGUUUUGUAGAAAAUGUACAUAGGCCAAUUGACACAUGUAAGAUGACAAUGUGUCAGCCUGUCCUAUGAACUGCAGUUUCCAUGUAGAUGUUUUCCAUGUGUUUUGUAAGAGUACUACAUGAGCUGGUGAAGCCAUAGUCACAGUCAGUUACUUGUCCUAUUUAAGAAAUUUUCUUUUGUCUAUCUGGAGAAAAACAAUUACAGAAUUUCACAAAUGUUAAAACUGUGCACGUUUUGGAUACAUGCAUGCUGCCAAAUGACAAUAUUUGUUGAGAUUUCAAAUGUGUUGGAGUCAUUUUAACCAAGACAGUAUACAACCAUACAGUCUCUAGAACACUAAUGCACCAUCCAUAUAACCUAUUGCAGUACGCAGGUCUGCGUAGUUUAGAUUAUCACAGUUUCUCAUGAGAGAGCUGUGUCAGACGAAUGUCUGAAAUGUAUGGAACAGAUCUCUGCAAAUCUCUAGAACAAAAUGUAGGCCUUUAUUUCUUUUGUUGUGACAUGGGUUUUAGUUCAAUGUUAUGCAGCAGAUGUUAAUGUAUUUUGUGACUUUCAAAUAUGCAUUUGAGAAAUCCUCUUUUUUACUGUGUGUGGUUGUUUCUUCCGGAGUUUUCAAUAGUAUUUAUAUGUCUGUUCCUUUUGGUAUCCACCACUAAACAUGUUGCUCUUUUGUGUUGUUUUGAGAAGCCUAUGGUUAAAAUUUAUGUCUCCCCAAUUCUUUCUGUUUGCAGAUAAAACCGUUCAUUAAUGUCUGUAUUGAACGGACAGUAAACUAAGUCUAUGUUAUCUAAAGAGGCUAUUUUGUUAUUGUCAGUGAGACACAUAUCAAGCCAUAUAUUACAUUGAAUUUACUGAUUAUAAGAUAUUGUAAAGAACAUUUCUGUACCUGCUCUGGGCUUGAGCCUGGUGCUUUACUCUGUGCACAGAAUGCACAUUUGGUUAUUAUUGGUUGAAAUAUCUUGAAUUGGGAGUUUACAGCAAUGUGAGGAGAGUGCAUGAUUUCUGCAGAGAGCAACAAGCUUUUAAUUCAAGCAGAAUUUAAUUGGUGAAUGGCACCAUUUCAACAUUCAACAUAAGACUCCAGCAUGACUGUCAUGCUGUCUCAUAAAUCAUGUAGACUUCUUUGCUGCAAACUUCAAGUUGAUCCACUUGCACUUUUCUAAUGCUUUCAUACUGUAUCAUAAUGUAUACACUGUCUGCUUAAUAAGAAUAAAACGCAUCUCUUUAUGUAAUAGAUGACAAAUCACUAAAUUU